UUAAUAAGGUACCAACAAAUUCGUGGUGCUUCGACAUUUGCUGGAUUAUGGAUAGACACACCAUUAUAUACGAGUAAAAUAGAUUGGGAUUCAAAAACAGGUUUGGCUACGCACGUAGCAAAAUGUUUUGCAUCAGAUGUCGAAACUGUAUCGGGUCUUCGAAUUCCGUGGAUAACAUG